AGAAAGGAAAAUAAGAUGGUUUAUGUUGAUGUAAAAGGGAAAGCUACAAAUUCUAGCUUAAGAGGGAGAACAAGUAUGACAGUUGGUGCUUCUAUGGUAUACCAGCCUGAGCUAAAGAAGGAUAAAAGAAAAGGAAAACCACCUGCUCAUCCCAAAAAUCGAGGAAAACUACCGGAAAUAUAUGCAAGCGUCAUUGGUCAGUACAUUGGUGAUACAGUUCUUUUACAGGACAUUAACGAAAAUCAAAUCCAAGUAGCUGUAUUCAAAAAGAACAAUUCACAGAUUUAUUUCACUCAUGGCUGGUCUCGAUUGAAAGAUUUCUAUAACAUCAAUGCCGGCGCUUGGAUUACUCUUUUGUUCAUCAGUCCUUUUGUCUUCUUUAUUCGGGUACCAUACAUUACUGGUGUGGAAAUCACCUAUCCUCAUAGGACUCCCCCAUAUAAACUUGUGUUGGAAAAACCUUUCCUAGAAGCAACUUCAAAUGGACCUAUUCCCUACUUUGUCCUUCCAAAAGUUUUUACCCACAGUCUUGAAAAAACCCUCACUGCUCCUGAUGUUGAGACUGGGACUUUGACAAUCUAUUGGAGAGGUUUCUGUCAAAAUGCACUCCCUAAUGAAGAGACUAAACUCAGAUUAAUUGACUGGCUUGGUAACACCUGGGAUCACUGUGAUUUGAAGUUUGACAAUGGCCCUUAUAUCAGCUGCAAAAUUUCAGGACAAUGGGGAGAUGUUUGCAAGGUACAUAAACUGUCCGAGGGUGUGGUUGUUAAAUUCGGUGUUACUAAGUCAUCUAACAAUAGGACUAUCUACUUUAAGCUAUCCCCUUUCAUUGGUGUUAAAACUACCCUGCAUGCUCCGUCAACAUCCAGCAAUCGGAAGAAAUUCUACCAAAGUCAGUACUAUUAUAUGCUCUAGAUCUCUCUCUAGCUAUUCUUCAACUCUAACUCCUCUAUCUGUUUUGUAACUUAUGCUAUAAUGUACCAAACAAUAUUUAAUUUCCAUCCUUUUUGCCAUUAGUGGAUCUCAAUAUCAAGGUCAUACUCUUUUAAGGACCAUUUUGGUGAUGAAUGUAAGGACAUGUACCAUAAUUACUACUAUUAAACUUUUAAUCCCUAAUGCUUUUUGUUUGUUCAAUGAUGUUACCAAUUUGAUUAAUAUCCAUAUGCUUCUUGCUAGCAUAAUUUGAUCCAUAUCAUCCAUGGUUGGCAACAACCAUGAUUGUUAUAUAAAUGCAGUUUCUACAAACCCGUGCAUCGCACGGGUCGGUUACUAGUUUAGGUUAAUGUUGGAGUUGGACAUCCUAUCCUAUCCUAUCCUAUCCUAUUAUACUAAAGGAUGGUGGAGUUUGGAACCAACUUUCAAAACCCUAAUGAAACCCUAAUUUAUUAGCCAAUUGGUGCUCUACACAUUUGCAUAAUGUCCAAUUGUAUCUUGCCAACAUAUGGUAGUCUGUAUCAAUUAUAUUGGACCUCUCCUUGCACCAAUUGGAGAGCUCCACUAAACACAAGAAGGCAGCAAGUAAACUAAGUGACAUAUGGUAGUCUGCAUCAAUUAUAUUGGACCUCGCUUUACACCAAUGGGAGAACUCCACUAAACACAAGAUGACAGGAAGUAAACUGAGUGAAACAAGUAAACUAAGUGAAUGAGGACAGAGGUUCAGCCCACAGAUUCAUCUAUCUAUUCCCCAAUCUUAUACCCAACAUUCUCAAACUCUUUCUCUCUCCCUUUCCAUCUUGUCCUUCACAAUCACAACAACCACCGCCACCACCACCACCUGUGAGGGAAUGGCCGAGAGAGAAAAUUUUCCGGCAGGAGACAAAGAGUUCCGGCCGAGGAAGAGAGUGUUCCGACCGAGAUAAAGAGUUCCGGUGACGUUUCGCGAUAACACGGCGGUGACGGAGCUUCUUUCUCCUUCUUUUCUCUGGCUCUAUAAAAGAGGACUAUUAGGAGGCCAGUUUUACUGUGGAAAAUGCAGGAUGCCAAGAACUGCUAUACUUAGGUUUUUAGAAAGAACUGCACAAGACUUGCUUCAUGCAGCAUUUUGCAGAUAAAGGAUGGAUUUUGAUUUAGCUUGAAGGUUUUGAUCAUCUAUUAUAAGAGUACUUACUACCAGAUUCCAAAACUUCUAUGAGCAUGGAGAGCGGGAAAGAUUGCUGGCUGAACUUUCUGAAUUACGCGAUCAGCUCUUGGUCCAUCUCCAAGAAAAAUUUACUUUCUCCAU